GAAAUCUGCAGACCAUUGCGAUAAGACUCAAUGGGCGCAAUCGCCCUAUCCGUGCAAUUUCGCGCCGUUUUUGGAAAGUCUUCCAGUUCCGGCGUAACCGCGAACGGUGCACGUCUGUCCGCCCGACUUAUUUCAUCCAGACAUCGUACGCGUGAAAUCUGGAAAUACGCGACGUUGUUCGUGACGAAUGCGACGCAUUCUGUUAAGAGCAUAAAACAAUUUUUUUUUCGUGGUAGGACGCAUAAGUGAAAAUACUGAAGUGUCACCUUUUUCUUAAGGAUAUGAACAUUUAAAUUAUGUUAAGGAUGAAAAUCUUCGUUGGAAUUAUUUUGAGUAUUUUCUCAGUAUGUUCGGGUCUUAGGAACGUCCACAUCAAAUUUCCUAGUGCAGUAGCCAUAGGCAAAGACGCUACCUUACAGUGUUUUUACAACCUGGAAGGUGAUAAACUCUACUCUGUAAAAUGGUAUCGUGGAAAUAUGGAAUUUUUUCGUUAUUCACCCGGUGAGUUCCCGCCUAUAAAACAAUUUAAAAUUCGGGGGAUAAAUGUGCGGGAAAAAGACUCAAAAGAUACGCAAGUCGUAUUGGAAAAAGUCACAAAGGAGAUAAGUGGAAUGUACAGUUGUGAAGUGACCGCCGAUCAACCGAGUUUUUUCACGGAUAUUAAGACUGCUGAAUUAAGGGUAGUAGAUCUUCCGAGGCACGAUCCCCAAAUUACCGGACUAAAAACAAGAUAUCGACUAGAUGAAACUAUUAAAGCAAACUGCACAUCGCAAGGGUCCUAUCCUGCUGCCAAUUUAACUUGGUAUAUCAACGGGAUUCCGUUGGAAGAAAAAUAUGUACAGAGGUACGAGCCUUUGAUGUAUAAUGAGGAUGAAUUAGUUAGUGCUCUAUCGACCGUCAAGCUGAAAGUAGUCAAGCACCUUUUCAUAAACGGAAAAAUGAAGCUCAGAUGUUCGGCCACAAUGCACCAUUUGUACCAUAAAAGCUCCGAGAAAAGUAUAGAGCUACACAAGAAACGACAUAGAUCUUCAUAUUCAUGGAUGGCAGACGAUUUAACAACCACAGAAACGUUUAAUGAGAGAUGGGAUUUUCCGGCCGAAAGACCACCGCAAGCAGCAGUUGAACUAUCGGCGAACGUCAUACGGAGCAAUGUAAACCAAAAGAAACCCGAUGUUACGACGCAAUUUUUCUGCAUUCUCGUCGUCAGUGCGCAAUUAUUUAUUCGGUGAUAAACAAUUUAUACCAAAAAGCUUUUAAUUAUUCCCAAUUUUGUUUUCAAUUUUACCUCUAAAUCGAUGUGAUAUAAUUUAAAUUGAGAGAAAAUAUAUACAAGUGUAAAUAAUGAAAUUUAUUAUACCUAUAGGCGACCGAAAUUUUGAUUGUGUAUAU